AUGGCUGGUUAUGGUGUUGCUUCUCGUUCAAUGGUUCACUAUCCAAAUGCUAAUAAAUUGAAUGUAACUGAUUUCAGCACUGAAUUUAAUGGUCGAAGUAUUUUUCGUCAAAUUGCAUAUCCUAUUUAUUAUUUAAUGUAUGGAGAAUUUGGUAAUGAAUUAUCUACUCUUGAUGGUAAGUAAAUAAUAUAGAUAUAUCAAGUGAUUUAUCAGUCUUCAACGAAAAAAAAGUCUGUUUGUUUUUCUUUUAUAUGAGAAUAAAUUGGAUUUCAUGAAGAGUUUCAAUCAGCUUAAUUGAGUAAAUUUUUUAAUAGAAAUGAAUGUAAGCAAGAUAUUUUUGCUACAAAGGCGCAACAACGUUUGUCGAUUGUUGUUGGUACAUCAAGUCAAUGUGAAAAAUAGUCUUCCUAUAACUAUCAUUAUAAUAACAUUAAAUAUGUAUUGAGUCAGAGAAGAAACCUACUUGUAUUAGGAUUUUGAAUGAUCAACAUAAUCCAUUAAUAUUUAACAUAUAAAUUUUACCCUAUUAUAUUAGUCUCAUUGUGAUUAGGAAAAAACCUAAAAGAAUUUGUGUUUAUAAGUUUUUCUUCAGCUAUGAUCAUUUUAGUGACUUUUUCAACAAAGUAAUAUGCGGCAUACCGAUGAUAGUACGGACAAACGUGCAACAUGGGAAGAUGUUGAUUUAAGGACAUCUCUUUCCUUUCCCGUAUUUUUCAAGAAUGGCUCAACCAAAAAAGAUGAAGCUUUCAGGGUAGACAGAUCUUAACUAGUAGAGUAAAAAGUUGUCAUAGACUCAGAAUUUCCAGAUUCUUCCUUAGAUAUAGGGAACACAAGUGUUAAAAAUGGCCUGAAUUUUCCCACAAACAGCCAGAAGUCAUUUUUUAUAGCUGAAUUUUUUUGCAGCUACUAGGACUAAAUCAGGAUGUAUGUGUUUCCUUUCUUUGAAAAAUAUUGUUUCCUUUGCUUGGGAGAAUUAAAAUACUAGUAGUCCUGUCAAACAGUGUACUUUUCUUCCCCAGGGAAAAUUUUGUAGGAUCUGCCAAAAACUACUAGAACACUAUUUUAAGAAAAAAAACUAUACACUCCAGUUUGGUCCUAGUUGUCACACAAAAACUUUCAGCUCAAUCGGCCAAAGUGUCUAGGGAACAACUUCAAUUUUUCUCUAAAAAAGUUGAUU